UGUCUUGCGAGCAUAAUAGGUUAACAUAAGUCACACCAUAUCAUACAAAUUACUUGAAUUUUAUUAUAGUAUAAAACAAAAAUAUAAUAAAUAACUAUGAUUAGCAACAUUUGUGCAUUUUUGUUAUGUUGUUUUGCUAUAACGUCAAAUAUAAACAAAAUCGAAUCAGCAGGCAACAACAGGAUUAAUCCUACUCGAUUUUUUAUUCAAACGUCUCAUGAAAACUUUUUACGUGCCGUAAACAAUUUGAAAACGUUCAACAAACGUCCAAAAAUCGUUAUUACACCCGCUGACGAGAAAUUUCUGACAAUGGAAAAUGUUAACAACAUUGACGAUUACCGUUUAAAAUUAAAAAGCCGCGAUAAGUUAGAGAAAAAAGGUCGGGACAUCUUGUGCAGUUUUUGUGUAAUCGUACAAUCCAACAUAACGUGGUUGAAGAACACGGUGGAAGAGUUAAUGGGCGGAGAGUCUUUCAUCGAUAACGCGAGCAACAUAAUACGUCUCAAACAGGAAGCCGAAUUGAUAGUGGCAAUGUAUCCGGUGGAAAACCUUCAAACGGGCAAAUGGCUUUGGAGUUAUUUUUUGAAAUUGAUCGCCAUCAGACGGUACAUAAACAAUAAACGCUAUAUCCGCGAAAACCCGUUCGAAGACCACCAACUGCAAGCGGGUGUUUCGGAUUUCAUCGGCAAUUGUGUGCUCGAAAAAUACCUACCUCCUAGUGUAACUGAACCGGAUUUUGUUUCGAAAAACCCGAGGACGCGCGAUAAACUGUUGACCGACCUGCGCGAUUCCAAAUGGUUUAACGACUUUCCACUUGACCGCGACUACGACGCAAUGGUAGAGUUUCUGUACCUGAAACCGUUUUGGACAGACCAAAGACACCUGUUGUUCAGAGCAAUAACCCAGGGGUUCGAUGUCGAUUGGAGUGCGGUGAGACAACGGCACAGGGACGAGCUGGUCGUCACCAGGGAAUUCGUGGAAAGCCGCGCUUGGAUUCACAAUCCGUACGGUCGGCUGGAUCAUCAACGGUUGGUGAUCAAUAUUAUCGAAGCCCAGUACUAUUGCUACGUUUACGUUGUACUGUACGCUUAUGAAAAACAAGUAUCCGCACUGGACGAAGGGACGCUGGGAGAAGUCAAAGAACUCGUUUAUGCGGUCAUCAACGAAGCGCUGAACGUGUCGAUCAAAGAAGAAUUUCUCGUGCUCAUCAUAUCGGAACUCGAGUUGACCGAAAUGAGGAACGCCGACGACGUGAGAGACGUUUUGGCAAGAGUGAAGGCAAAGGCCAAUGCGCUGCUGAACGAUUUAAACGGUACGCGCACAAACCAAGUGGAUCGGAUCACUUUCGACGUCGACGAAGGCCAACUGACUACCGUCAGAUUUAUAAAGUCAAUCGUGUUGGAUUUCCAUUUCUAUUUAAACUCACUACGAUUCUACUGCGCACCGUUCUCAUAUAAAACGCUUUUACAUUUUAUGGACCAAGUCAAAUUGUCGGCUGCUCAGUACGUUUGAAUUUUUAAUCAAUAACACAAUGUUAAUUUAUUAAGUUAGCUUAAAUAAACUAUACGAAAGACUCUUAACGAAGAAUUGCAAUUUUUUGUCACGAGUUUCGUUCACGAUGAUUUUGAAAAAUUAAAAAAUAUUUACUUUUUAUAUUUAAAAUAUUUAACAUAAUUAAAACUAUAUGAGCUACCGUAUAGGGUUACCGAGAGCAUAAUAGGUUUGUAUUUAUUGUAUUAUACAUGAAAUACUUUGUUUUAUUUUAAUUAUCAGCAUAUCAUUAUUUAAAAAUGUAUUAAUAACAAAAUUUUCAUCUAUCAAGUUGUGUAGUGUAAUAAAAGAAAAUAAUCCAAAAGUGUCGCUGAAUAAAAAUUUAUUUAUU